AUGGAUUCAUCAACACUUGCAACUCUGAGACAGGCUUCAGAUUCUGAAGGCAAGACUGGAUCCUCCGAUACGGACACAAUGGAUGGAAUGUUGGAUCUUGAAACGGGCAUGAUUCAUGAGUUGGAGAAACCACCGGUUCCUGGGAUGUGGCGGUUUCCUACAAAUCCUAAUCUUUGCUGUAUCUACAGGGUCCCAGAGUGUCUACGUGAAGUAAACCCAAAAGCAUACACUCCACAGUUGGUCCUCAUUGGACCACUUCACCGUUCUUUAAGAUCUCAAGCUCUCAAGUCUCGUGGAGAUAUCACAAAGACAAAGUCAAUGGGCUACUUGAACACGGAGGCUCAUAAGAAGAUUUACCUAGCGGAAUUCGCAAAAAGAGUUGAAGGGAAGAAGAGAGUUGUUGAAGGAUUCAGGAGAAUGAUCGAAGAAGACGAAGAUAUGAUCAGGGCAAGCUACUCGGAAUCAACGGCCUGGAUUGAAUCUCAAGAGUUCGUGGAUAUGGUCCUCUACGACUCUGUUUUCAUAAUAGAGCUCAUGUUGAGAGAUUCCUCAAGAUUGCAAGAGAAAAUAGGAGAUCCUCUCAUGGACGAGCCUUGUCUUGAAAGCACAAUCAGAGGAGAUCUCAUCUUGCUAGAGAACCAACUUCCUUACUUCAUCCUCGAGAAACUCUUUGAUCCAAUCGUCAAAAUACUCCUCCCGAACCAGACACUACGCACACUUGUUAUCAGCUACUUUGAAUUGGACAAGAGCAAGAAGAUGAAAGAAGAGACUUCAACGUUCAGACAUUUCACUGAUUUGUUGAGGUGUGUUCGCGUAGAGACACUCCCGGAGCAUGGUGUAGAGGAUUGCGGUCCCAUAGCCAAAAUGCAUAACGCGGAUAAGCUAGACAGCAGGGGACUGAGAUUCGAGGCUGUAGAGCAAGAGUUUUCGGUCGAGGUCAAAUUCGACAUCAAAACUGGCUCUUUGAAGAUACCUUGUUUCUCGGCUGAUGACGAUAUGGAGACACUACUUCGAAAUAUAAUGGCCUUUGAGCAAUCUCAUUACCCUUACAAUGCCUACGUUUGCGACUACAUCACAUUCCUUGAUCUCCUCAUCGACACCGAGAAAGACGUUGACUUGCUCGUUGAGAAAGGGAUAAUAAAGAAUUUGCUAGGGCACCAUGGAGCAGUAUCAAUGUUAGUGAACAAGCUGGGUGUGGGAGUGAUGGACGAUGACUCUUGCUAUUCUAAAAUCGCAUCAGACGUCAUCGAUUACUACAGUGACAGAUGCAAUACGUCACGCUCCAUCCUCAGGCGUGUGUAUUUCAGCAACGUGUGGAGAGGGACAGCCACCGUUACUGCUGCCUCUAUAUUGCUAUUGACUCUCAUCCAAACGGUGACUUCCAUCAUUGAUAUUAUUCACAAGUGA